AGGCUCCUCCUUGUCUCCAACAUGGCGGCGCCCAGGGGCUCAAGUCGCACGUGAGAAAGUCUGGGCAUUUGGGAAUCGGAGACUACCGCCUGUGAGCCUCUUUCCCCUCCUUGCUGUCGGUUGCAUCCCUUCGACCCUCCCGAGGCCGUCGCGGGCCACUGCCCCUCUGCAGCCAUGAAGACAAAGCCCGUUUCCCACAAGACGGAGAACACCUACCGGUUUCUUACAUUUGCUGAACGACUGGGGAAUGUGAAUAUUGAUAUUAUUCACCGGAUUGAUAGAACUGCAAGCUAUGAGGAGGAGGUUGAAACCUACUUUUUUGAGGGUCUGCUGAAAUGGAGAGAAUUAAACCUCACGGAGCACUUUGGAAAAUUUUACAAAGAAGUUAUUGACAAAUGCCAAUCAUUCAAUCAGUUGGUCUAUCAUCAAAACGAGAUAGUUCAGAGUUUGAAGACUCACCUGCAAGUUAAGAACAGUUUUGCUUAUCAGCCCCUUUUGGAUUUGGUUGUACAGUUGGCACGAGAUCUGCAGAUGGAUUUCUACCCACACUUUCCAGAGUUUUUUUUGACUAUCACCUCGAUCCUGGAGACUCAGGACACAGAGUUGUUAGAAUGGGCUUUUACCUCGUUGUCAUAUCUUUAUAAGUACCUGUGGAGACUGAUGGUGAAGGACAUGUCCAAUAUAUACAGCAUGUACAGCACACUCCUGGCUCAUAAGAAACUACAUAUAAGGAAUUUUGCUGCUGAAAGUUUUACUUUUUUGAUGAGAAAGGUCUCUGAUAAAAAUGCACUUUUCAAUUUAAUGUUUCUUGAUCUUGAUAAACAUCCAGAAAAAGUCGAAGGUGUUGGACAGUUGCUCUUUGAAAUGUGCAAAGGAGUUAGAAAUAUGUUUCACUCCUGUACAGGCCAGGCAGUGAAGCUAAUUUUGCAAAAGCUAGGACCUGUCACUGAAACAGAAAUUCAACUACCAUGGAUGUUAAUUGGAGAAACACUCAAAAACAUGGUCAAAUCCACUGUAUCCUACAUCUCCAAGGAACAUUUUGGUACAUUUUUUGAGUGUUUGCAAGAAUCACUCUUGGAUCUACAUACAAAAGUAACAAAAACUAACUGUUGUGAAAGUUCUAAACAGAUUAAAAGGUUGUUGGAAACAUACCUUAUACUUGUAAAACAUGGAAGUGGAACAAAGAUAACCACGCCUGCUGAUAUCUGUAAGGUGUUAUCUCAAACACUGCAAGUAGCCAGUCUCUCCACAUCUUGCUGCAAGACCCUCUUGGAUGUAAUUUCUGCUUUGAUCCUGGGUGAAAAUGUUUCCUUGCCGGAGACCCUCAUCAAAGAAACCAUAGAAAAAAUAUUUGAGAGCAGAUUUGAAAAACAUUUGAUUUUCAGUUUUUCUGAAGUCAUGUUUGCCAUGAAGCAGUUUGAGCAGCUAUUUCUACCAAGCUUUCUGUCAUAUAUUGUGAAUUGCUUCCUAAUUGAUGAUGCUGUAGUCAAAGACGCAGCUCUGGCCAUUCUGGCCAAGCUCAUUCUGAACAAAGCGGCACCUCCCACUGCUGGCUCGAUGGCAAUUGAAAAGUACCCUCUGACUUUCUCACCGCAGAUGGUGGGGUCCUAUAUAAAGCAGAAGAAGACUAGAUCCAAGGGAAGAAACAAACAGUUUCCAGUAUUGGACCAUCUUUUAUCUAUAAUUAAGUUACCCCCAAAUAAAGAUACUAUUUACCUUUCACAAUCUUGGGCAGCCCUGGUGGUGUUGCCUCAUAUUAGACCUCUUGAGAAAGAGAAGGUGAUACCACUCGUCACCUGCUUCAUAGAGGCACUCUUCAUGACUGUUGAUAAAGGAAGCUUUGGGAAAGGGAACUUAUUUGUUCUUUGUCAAGCUGUAAAUACUCUACUAAGUUUGGAAGAAUCUUCUGAACUUCUUCAUUUGGUUCCUGUGGAACAUGUGAAGAAUUUAGUAUUAACCUUUCCUCUGGAGCCAUCUGUGUUGCUGUUGGCUGAUCUCUAUUAUCAGAGAUUAUCCUUGUGUGGCUCCAAAGGGCCACUUUCCCAGGAGGCUUUAAUGGAAUUAUUUCCCAAGUUACAAGCAAACAUUUCAACUGGUGUAUCCAAGAUUCGACUUUUGACAAUAAGGAUCCUAAAUCAUUUUGAUGUCCAGCUUCCGGAAUUAAUAGAGGAUGAUGGGCUCUCAGAACGGCAGUCUGUCUUUGCUAUAUUACGCCAGGCAGAACUUGUUCCAGCAACUGUGAAUGAUUAUAGAGAGAAGCUUCUUCAUUUAAGAAAACUAAGACAUGAUGUGGUGCAGGCUGCUGUCCCUGAUGGGCCGUUACAGGAGGUGCCGCUUCGUUAUUUGUUAGGCAUGCUAUAUAUUAAUUUCAGUGCACUCUGGGAUCCUGUUAUUGAACUCAUAAGUUCUCAUGCACACGAAAUGGAAAAUAAGCAAUUUUGGAAAGUCUACUAUGAGCAUCUAGAAAAAGCAGCUACACAUGCUGAGAAAGAACUGCAGAAUGAUAUGACAGAUGAGAAGUCCAUUGGAGAUGAAAGUUGGGAGCAGACCCAGGAAGGAGAUGUUGGAGCUCUUUAUCAUGAGCAGUUAGCAUUGAAAACUGACUGUCGGGAAAGACUUGACCACACCAACUUCAGAUUCCUGCUCUGGAGAGCUCUGACAAAAUUCCCAGAAAGAGUAGAGCCACGGUCCAGGGAGCUUUCCCCGCUUUUCUUGAGAUUUAUCAACAAUGAGUAUUACCCAGCAGAUCUGCAAGUUGCUCCGACUCAGGAUCUGCGGAGAAAAGGCAAAGGGAUGGUGGCAGAGGAAAUCGAAGAGGAACCUGCCGUAGGAGAUGAUGAAGAGUUGGAGGAAGAGGCAGUGCCCCAGGAUGAAUCCUCACAGAAGAAAAAGACAAGAAGAGCCGCAGCAAAGCAAUUAAUUGCUCAUUUGCAAGUUUUCUCUAAAUUUUCAAAUCCACGGGCCUUAUAUCUGGAAUCCAAAUUAUAUGAGUUAUAUCUUCAGUUGUUGUUACACCAAGAUCAAAUGGUGCAAAAAAUAACCUUGGAUUGCAUAAUGACAUAUAAACAUCCUCAUAUCCUCCCUUACAGGGAAAACUUACAAAGGUUGCUCGAAGACAGAAGCUUUAAGGAAGAGAUAGUGCAUUUUAGCAUUUCAGAAGAUAAUACCGUAGUGAAAACAGCCCACCGAGCAGAUCUGUUUCCUAUUCUGAUGAGAAUUUUGUAUGGGCGAAUGAAAAAUAAGACUGGGAGUAAAACUCAGGGGAAAUCUGCUUCAGGCACCCGCAUGGCCAUUGUCCUGCGGUUCCUGGCCGGGACCCAACCUGAGGAGAUCCAGAUAUUCUUAGACCUGCUGUUUGAACCUGUGAGGCACUUCAAGAAUGGAGAGUGCCAUUCUGCAGUCAUUCAAGCAGUAGAAGACUUGGAUUUGUCUGAAGUUCUUCCUUUAGGUCGUCAGCAUGGUAUCUUAAACAGCCUUGAGAUAGUAUUGAAAAACAUUAAUCAUCUGAUCAGCGCAUACCUGCCAAAGAUUUUGCAGAUACUGCUCUGUAUGACGGCAACCGUAUCACACAUCCUUGACCAACGAGAAAAGAUACAGCUGAGAUUUAUUAAUCCAUUGAAAAAUUUAAGACGUCUUGGAAUCAAAAUGGUAACUGAUAUCUUUUUGGACUGGGAAUCAUAUCAGUUUAGAACAGAAGAAAUUGAUGCUGUGUUUCAUGGUGCAGUUUGGCCCCAGAUCAGCAGGCUUGGAUCUGAGAGUCAAUAUUCUCCUACUCCUCUGCUGAAACUGAUCAGUAUCUGGAGCAGAAACGCAAGGUAUUUCCCUUUGCUGGCUAAACAGAAGCCUGGGCACCCAGAAUGUGAUAUCCUGACCAAUGUUUUUGCACUUCUCUCAGCAAAGAAUCUUUCUGAUGCCACAGCUACUAUUGUAAUGGACAUAGUUGAUGACCUUCUUAACCUUCCAGAUUUCGAGCCCACAGAAUCAGUUUUGAACUUGCUGGUAACUGGAUGUGUAUACCCUGGCAUAGCGGAAAACAUAGAUGAGUCUAUCACAAUAGGAGGAAGAUUAAUUCUACCUCAUGUACCUGCAAUUCUUCAGUAUCUCAGCAAAACCACAAUAAGUGCAGAAAAGGUGAAAAAGAAAAAGAAUAGAGCACAAGUCAGUAAAGAGCUUGGCAUUCUUUCAAAGAUCAGCAAGUUUAUGAAAGACAGAGAACAAAGUUCUCUACUCAUUACGCUUCUCCUUCCAUUCCUCCACCGUGGCAAUAUUGCUGAGGAUACAGAGGUUGAUAUUCUGGUGACAGUACAAAACUUGUUAAAGCAUUGUGUGGACCCUACAAGCUUCCUCAAGCCUAUAGCAAAACUUUUCUCAGUUAUUAAGAACAAACUGUCAAGAAAAUUGCUUUGUACAGUUUUCGAGACUCUUUCUGAUUUUGAGAGUGGGUUAAAAUAUAUUACUGAUGUUGUCAAGCUUAACGCCUUCGAUCAAAGACAUCUUGAUGAUAUCAACUUUGACCUUCGCUUUGAGACUUUCCAGACGAUCACCUCUUAUAUUAAAGAAAUGCAAAUUGUGGAUGUUAACUACCUAAUUCCAGUUAUGCAUAAUUGUUUCUAUAAUCUAGAGUUAGGAGAUAUGAGUUUAAGUGAUAAUGCCAGCAUGUGCCUGAUGAGUAUCAUCAAAAAGCUAGCUGCCUUGAACGUCACAGAGAAAGACUAUAGAGAAAUUAUCCACCGUUCACUCCUGGAGAAAUUGAGGAAAGGUCUGAAGAGCCAGACAGAGAGUAUUCAACAGGAUUAUACCACGAUACUUUCCUGUUUAAUUCAAACCUUUCCAAACCAACUGGAAUUCAAAGACUUGGUACAGCUUACUCAUUACCAUGACCCAGAAAUGGACUUUUUUGAGAACAUGAAGCACAUUCAGAUCCACAGAAGAGCAAGAGCCUUGAAGAAACUUGCAAAACAACUAAUGGAAGGCAAAGUUGUUCUGUCUUCUAAAUCUCUUCAGAAUUACAUCAUGCCUUAUGCCAUGACUCCAAUUUUUGAUGAGAAAAUGCUCAAGCAUGAAAAUAUAACCAUUGCUGCCACAGAGGUUAUUGGAGCCAUUUGCAAACAUCUCUCUUGGUCAGCAUAUAUGUAUUACUUGAAACAUUUCAUUCAUGUCUUACAAACGGGACAGAUCAAUCAAAAACUGGGUGUCAGUUUGCUAGUAAUAGUGUUAGAAGCAUUCCACUUUGACCACAAAACUCUUGAAGAACAAAUGGAAAAAAUUGAGAAUGAAGAAAAUGCCAUUGAAGCAAUUGAGUUACCAGAGCCUGAGGCCAUGGAAUUAGAGCACGUGGAUGAGGAAGAGAAGGACAAUACAUGCAAGAGUUUGUCAGACCACGGACAGCCGGGAACCCCUGAUCCAGCUGACUCUGGAGGGACAUCAGCGAAAGAAUCCGAGUGUAUCACAAAGCCUGUCUCUUUCCUUCCUCAAAACAAGGAAGAAUUAGAGAGAACAAUUAAAAAUAUCCAAGGAACCAUAACCGGGGAUAUUCUACCCAGGCUACAUAAAUGCCUUGCAUCUACGACUAAAAGAGAAGAAGAACACAAGCUCAUCAAGUCAAAGGUUGUGAAUGAUGAGGAAGUGGUUCGCGUUCCAUUAGCGUUUGCCAUGGUUAAACUAAUGCAGUCCCUUCCACAAGAAGUUAUGGAAGCUAAUCUGCCAAGUAUUUUGCUGAAAGUGUGUGCCCUACUCAAGAACAGAGCCCAAGAAAUCAGAGACAUUGCACGCAGCACUCUUGCGAAGAUAAUAGAGGAUCUUGGUGUGCACUUCCUCCAAUAUGUUUUAAAAGAAUUACAGACUACCCUUGUCCGUGGAUACCAGGUCCAUGUGCUGACUUUCACUGUUCACAUGUUGCUGCAAGGCCUCACCAAUAAGCUGCAAGUCGGGGAUUUGGACUCUUGUUUGGAUAUAAUGAUUGAGAUUUUUAACCAUGAGUUGUUUGGUGCUGUUGCUGAAGAGAAGGAAGUAAAGCAGAUCCUCUCCAAAGUCAUGGAAGCACGAAGAAGCAAAAGUUACGACUCUUAUGAAAUCCUGGGCAAGUUUGUAGGAAAAGAUCAGGUUACAAAACUUAUCCUUCCCUUGAAAGAGAUCUUACAAAAUACCACGAGUUUGAAACUGGCCCGAAAAGUUCAUGAAACUUUACGCCGAAUCACAGUGGGAUUAAUCGUAAAUCAGGAAAUGACGGCUGAAUCCAUUCUAUUACUCAGUUAUGGUUUGAUCAGUGAAAAUCUUCCCCUGUUAACAGAUAAAGAAAAAUUCCCACAGAACUCUCAAAGCACCCUACCUCUGCUGCAUCUGAGUCUGAAGACUUCCAAGAUCAAGUCUUCAAGUGAGCAUGUCCUGGAAAUGCUGGAUCCUUUUGUGUCUCUCCUCAUAGACUGCCUGGGCUCCAUGGAUGUGAAGGUGAUCACGGGUGCUCUACAAUGCCUCAUCUGGCUCUUGAGGUUCCCGCUACCUUCCAUAGAAACAAAAGCAGAGCAGCUGACAAAACACCUCUUCCUUCUGCUGAAGGACUAUGCAAAGCUCGGGGCUGCCAGGGGCCAGAACUUCCACCUGGUGGUCAAUUGUUUCAAGUGUGUGACCAUACUUGUCAAGAAAGUCAAGUCUUACCAGAUAACUGAAAAACAGCUCCAAGUUCUACUGGCCUAUGCUGAGGAGGACAUUUAUGAUACUUCAAGACAAGCCACUGCCUUUGGUCUUCUGAAGGCAAUUUUAUCAAGGAAGCUGUUGGUCCCAGAAAUCGAUGAUGUCAUGCGGAAAGUAUCCAAGUUGGCAGUCUCUGCACAAAGUGAACCUGCCAGGGUCCAGUGCAGACAGGUUUUUCUGAAAUAUAUUCUUGACUAUCCCCUGGGUGACAAACUGAGACCAAACUUGGAAUUCAUGCUCGCUCAACUGAAUUACGAACACGAGACCGGGAGAGAGUCCACCUUGGAAAUGAUCGCCUAUCUCUUUGACACGUUCCCUCAGGGGCUGCUCCAUGAGAACUGUGGAAUGUUCUUUAUCCCUCUUUGUCUAAUGACGAUCAAUGAUGACUCUGCCACAUGCAAAAAGAUGGCAUCCAUGACCAUCAAGUCCCUACUUGGUAAAAUCAGCCUCGAGAAAAAAGACUGGCUGUUUGAUAUGGUUACCACUUGGUUUGGAGCAAAAAAGCGCUUAAAUAGACAGCUUGCUGCCCUAAUCUGUGGCUUGUUUGUGGAAAGUGAAGGAGUUGAUUUUGAGAAAAGACUUGGAACGGUCCUUCCUGUGAUUGAAAAGGAAAUUGAUCCUGAAAACUUUAAAAAUAUCAUGGAGGAAACUGAAGAAAAAGCUGCAGAUCGCCUUCUGUUUAAUUUUCUUACACUGAUAACUAAACUUAUCAAGGAAUGUAAUAUUAUUCAGUUUACCAAACCCGCUGAGACUUUGAGUAAAAUCUGGAGUCAUGUGCACUGUCACCUGAGACAUCCACACAACUGGGUGUGGCUCACAGCAGCCCAGAUUUUUGGAUUACUCUUUGCCUCUUGCCAGCCAGAGGAGCUUAUUCAAAAAUGGAAUACCAAAAAGACUAAAAGAAACCUCCCAGAACCUGUAGCAAUCAAGUUCCUAGCCAGUGACCUUGACCAAAAGGUAAGGUUUCUGUCAAACCUUUUCCUUCCCUCCUUAUGCUCUACUAAGCCUUAUUUAUUUCAAAAUCAAUGUCCAGUUUCUUCCCCCACCCCGUUUUUUUUAAAGGUUGUUAAGAAUUUGUUGUUCGUAGCCAAAGUCUUGUAUUUACUGGAACCUUAUUGUGAGGAUAAGCAAAGUAAGAUAAAAGAAGACCUGGAAGAACAAGAAGCUUUAGGAGAUGGCAUGGCCUGUGCAGAUGAGAAGGCAGAGUCUGACGGAGAAGAGAAGGAAGAGGUGAAGGAAGAGCUUGGCAGGCCGGCCACGCUGCUGUGGUUGAUCCAGAAGCUGUCCCAGAUCGCAAAACUGGAAGCUGCUUAUUCACCGAGAAACCUCUUAAAGAGAACAUGCAUCUUUAAGUUCCUCGGCGCUGUAGCAAUGGAUCUUGGGAUAGACAAGGUAAAGCCAUAUCUCCCAAUGAUCAUAGCUCCUUUGUUUCGAGAACUGAACAGCACCUACUCAGAGCAAGAUCCUUUGCUGAAGAAUCUAUCCCAGGAAAUCAUAGAAUUACUCAAAAAGCUGGUUGGGCUUGAGAGCUUCUCAUUAGCCUUUGCCUCUGUACAGAAACAGGCUAAUGAGAAAAGGGCACUCCGGAAAAAGAGGAAGGCCCUGGAGUUUGUAACUAAUCCUGAUAUUGCUGCCAAGAAAAAAAUGAAGAAACACAAAAAUAAAAGUGAAGCAAAGAAGAGAAAGAUAGAGUUCCUGCGUCCAGGCUAUAAGGCCAAGAGACAAAAAAGUCACAGCCUGAAAGAUUUAGCAAUGGUGGAAUAAUGUCUCCCUGUGCUGAUACAAGCAUGAACUUUCUGGAAUAUUCUUCUAGUCAGAAAUUACAGCAGGCUGGUGGGGGGUUCCUUUUUUUUUUUUUUUUUUCAAGACAAGGUCUCACUCUGUCACCCAGGGUGGAGUGCAGUGAUGAGAUCACAGCUCACCGCAGCCUCCACCUGGGUUCAAGUGGUCCUAUCACCUCAGCCUCCCAAGUAGCUGUGGCCCCCAGGCACACACCACCAUGCCCGGCAAAUUUUUUGUAUUUUUGUAGAAACAGGAUUUCGCCAUGUUGGCCAGGCUAGUCUUGAAUACCUGGACUCAACUGAUCCACCUGCCUCGGCCUCCCAAAGUGCUGGGAUUACAGGUGUGAGCCACCGUGCCCAACCAGGUUUUAAUUUAAGUUAAACUUUGGAUAGGUUGUAUAAUAUAUAGUUUAAUGUAAUCAUGCUCAUAUUUUUUAAAUAAAUAAAACACUUUAUACUACU